CACUGAUUUUCACAGUAAAAGACAGAAGAGAUUAAAGAUAAACCGAUCAGCCUGCAUGUGCUGUGGUGUCUCCAUUGCGCACACGGAAAAGGAGACUGCAGGAGACAUUUGCUAAAGCGAUGUUGAAAGAAGUAAUUUAUAAAAAAUAAAUUGCCCUAAUAGCUGGCCUACAUACAUUUAUUCUAUUUUGUAAUAUUCGUUAGAUGCUUGCCUCUUUCAAUGUUGCAACAAUUAAUCAACGACGAAUUGUUCUCUAAGCUGUGACCAACCGUCUGUAGCUUCAGCAGGCAAUCCGAUUGUGUCUGUGACCUUCACCUGUAAGCUUGUAUACAUCUGAAACACAGCUGCUCUUUAUGAAUUUCGGGACUUUUCUGAAAAACAGUAAUGCUGCUCGAAUUUAUAGAGAGAACUAAAUAUUUUGUCUCACAAAAAUGUGUUAAAUGGAGCAGCAACCAAAAGACAAUUUAGAAUAAUCACAUGAACUGUUAUAUGUAUAUUAAAACAAAUUCAAAGCGGUGUCUAAGUUACAUUUAUACAUUUUGACAUCAAGGAAGGGGAAAUGAGUAUUUGAGGAUGAACUCGCGUGUGCGUAAAUCCAUCGAACCUGCGCGCUGCAGUGAUUAAACACUGCCUAAUGUCUGGUGAGAUCUCAACGCAGGGAGCUGAUAGGCUUCCCGCUGUCUAAAUGAGAUUGCAGUAAGGCGAUUCUUUGAGACAGAGACGUGUUCAUCUUCGUUAAACCGAGACGCAAAGAGUUGCCCGUGCGUCCUGAUCCAGUCUCCAUACACGAACGCUUUCAGGGAUGCUAACGACAAGGGUCCACCGAAAAGUGAUCUGCCGUGCUGUCUACACAAUGCUCCAAGGGCGGAAUAUGAUAAACAAAUCAACGUUCACAAAAAUUGAAGAAAACACUGAAAAGAAGAAUACAUCAGAGAAAGGGAGAGCAACCAUCAUCUUUUCCCUCAAGAAUGAAGUGGGAGGACUAGUUAAGGCACUCAAACUCUUUCAGGAAAACCAUGUCAACCUUGUACACAUAGAGUCAAGAAAAUCCAAACGCCGCAACUCUGAGUUUGAAAUUUUUGUGGACUGCGACAGCAACCACGAACAACUGAAUGAAAUAAUCCAGCUGCUGAGAAAGCAUGUGAACGUGGUGGAUAUGGAGCCUCCAGAUAACUCCUGCCUAGAUGAGGAAGAUAUGUAUAAUGUACCGUGGUUCCCAAAGAAGAUUUCAGACUUGGACAAGUGUGCCAACCGUGUCCUGAUGUACGGCUCUGAGUUGGAUGCUGAUCACCCGGGUUUCAAGGACAACGUCUACCGCAAAAGGCGAAAGUACUUUGCUGAUCUCGCCAUGGCCUACAAACAUGGGGAUCUCAUUCCUCGUAUUGAGUUCACAGAGGAAGAAGUGAAGACUUGGGGAGUUGUGUACAGGGAGCUGAACAAGUUGUACCCCACCCACGCCUGCCGGGAAUACUUGAAGAACCUGCCACUGCUGUCCAAAUACUGUGAAUUUCGGGAGGACAACAUCCCUCAGCUGGAAGAUGUGUCCCGCUUCCUCAGGGAACGCACUGGAUUCACCAUCAGACCUGUGGCUGGUUAUCUGUCCCCUCGUGACUUCCUCGCUGGUUUGGCCUUCCGGGUUUUCCAUUGUACCCAGUAUGUGCGGCACAGCUCCGACCCCUUAUACACCCCAGAGCCGGACACAUGCCAUGAGUUGCUGGGUCACGUCCCACUGCUAGCAGAGCCCAGCUUCGCCCAGUUUUCUCAGGAGAUCGGUCUUGCUUCACUCGGGGCCUCAGAUGACUCAGUUCAGAAACUUGCCACAUGCUAUUUCUUUACGGUGGAGUUUGGCCUAUGCAAGCAAGAGGGGCAGCUGCGAGCAUAUGGAGCAGGACUGCUGUCGUCUAUCAGUGAGCUUAAGCAUGCUCUAUCUGGCAAGGCAAGGAUAAUGCCUUUUGACCCCAAAGUCACAUCCAAACAAGAAUGCAUCAUCACAACAUUUCAGGAUGUCUACUUUGUGUCAGACAGCUUUGAGGAGGCCAAAGUCAAGAUGAGGGAGUUUGCCAAGACUAUCAAGCGUCCCUUCACAGUCCGAUACAACCCUUACACCCAGAGUGUGGAUGUGCUGAAAGACACUCCCAGCAUCAACAGCGUGGUGGAGGAGCUUCGGCACGAGCUUGACAUUGUCGGCGACGCACUCAGCCGGCUGAACAAGCAGCUGGGUAUCUGACUGCCCACGUUCCAGUUGAAGUUAUCCACCUACAGUCCAGCAACGCUCACUGUGUCACCCCCAAGCACCGCUGUAGAGAUACUGCUUGUGUAUCGCCCUUCGUCAGUACAAUGAAUGUGCACUUCUUUUGUUAAAACGCUCCAUAGUCCCCACUACAAGGUGUAUUGCUUAGACAAUUUACAGAGGCGCAUUUUAUGUUUAGCCACUGAUAUCCGUAAGUUGCACAAACCCAGAGGAGCUGUUGAGCCCGAGUCACUGUUUUGCUUUAGUUGUCUCUGGCCCGGUCGGCUUCUUAAUUGCAAAGAGUCAACGUGCUUUCAUGGUACUUUGUUACCUUUUUUUAAAAAUCCCCAGCUGUUACAAACACAGAUGUGGUUUUCCCAUCCUAUAGUUACCUUUGCUCUUGUAUAUUACCAUGUAAAAUGUUUUGAAAUUUAAUUUAAUUCUUCUUCACAUUUAAUCUUAGAAUCACUUCAGCGAUGUAUAAAAUGUACCUUGUUUGUAUUCUUUCAGUGUAUGUAUCAUGUUCCCCUUUUGUGUGUUGAGGGUAAUUGUAAAAGUGAAAAUUGGUGUUAUAAGAAUGUUUCCUUGACAUUGCCCACCCUGACCUAUUUUAUUUUACAGUGAUGAUUUUGAAUAUCUCUUCUUGGAAGUGAAAAUAAUUGUAGUGCUCCUGAAAUCAAAACGUUAUUUUUCUACUGUAAAGAAAUAUACACACUAUGAGUAGGCUAUGUAUGAAAACAACAAUAAAAAAA